CAAGUUCCCACUACUUAUGUCCAAAAAAUUGUCAUCUUAAAAUCACGACAACACCUUCAUCAAUCCCAUUUCUCACUUUUCACUAUCAUCCCUCCAAAAUGGCUCGUUCCAGCCUCUUCUCAAUUCAAACAAUCACCCUCCUCCUCUCCACAUUUUUCUUCACACCAGAAUCCAUCAAUUUCACCUUCCAUGGAUUCAACCAAGAUGACCUUUACAUCGAUGAAGCAACCGUGAUAAACCCUUCUAACAACAGCCCGGCAAUGCUAACCGACAGCGAUCCCAAUGCCAUCGGCCACGCAUUCUUCCCCCAUCCAAUCCCCAUCUUCAACUCCACCCUCACUCGCUUCAACUCAUUCAGCACACAAUUCGUCUUCCAGAUCAACCCCUCCAACGAAGGCGGCUACGGCCUCGCCUUCACCCUCUCCGCCUCCCGGGGCUUCCCUGGCGCCCGCCCCGGCCACCUCAUGGGAGUAUUCAACGACUCCAACAGGAACACCUCCUCCACAAACCACAUCUUCAUGGUCGAAUUCGACACCGUGAAAGGCUUCGACGAGGACAUCGAUUCCGACGGAAAUCACGUCGGAAUCAACCUCAACGGAAUGAAUUCCAGUUAUUACAAAGUAACCGAGAUUUAUUUGCAGAAGGCUAAGCCUAUUAGAGCGUGGAUCGACUAUGAAGCAAUCAGCAAACAAAUUAAUGUCACCAUUGCUCGUGUCAAUGAUCCCAAACCAGAGCCGUUGAUGUCUGUAACUCAUGAUCUGUCAGAUGUUUUGUCGGAGAAUAUGUAUGCCGGAUUCUCCGCUGCAACGGGUGGAGACAAAUGGAGCUCUCAUUACAUCCUAGGAUGGAGCUUCCGCCUCAACGGCCCCGCCGAUCAUCUCAAUUCGUCUCUGCUCCCCACCGUCGCUGCAAAUUCCGGCAGCAAUAGUGAACUGAGAAACGCGCUCCUCGCUGCAAUUUCUGCUGUUUUGAUAAUCUCUGUAGCGUCGUUGAUCGGCAUAGUAAUGUACCGGAGAUCGAGCCGGUUCGAGGAUUUGGAGAAAUGGGAGCUGGAUUGCCCCCAUAGAUUCCGGUACCGGGAGCUCCACGCGGCGACGAAAGGGUUUAGAGAGAGUGAGAUGAUCGGAAGGGGAGGGUUUGGAGCAGUUUACAGAGGGGUUUUGGCGAGCAGCGGCGUUGAGGUUGCGGUGAAGAGGAUCACAACCAAUAAUCCGCUGCAAGGGAUGAGGGAAUUUGCGGCGGAGAUUGAGAGUUUGGGGAAGUUGAGGCACAAGAACUUAGUCCAUCUUCAAGGUUGGUGCAAGCGCAAAAAUGAUCUACUUUUGGUAUACGACUAUCUCCCCAAUGGAAGCCUCGAUUCUCUGCUCUACAAUCCUGACCCCGGUUUCCCGGUCGUGUUGAGCUGGGAGCAGAGGUUCAGCAUCGUCAAAGGCAUCGCGUCCGGCCUGCUAUACCUACAUGAGGACUGGGACCAGGUUGUCAUACACCGCGACGUGAAGUCGAGCAACGUGUUGCUAGACGCCGACAUGAGCCCCCGGCUCGGCGACUUCGGGCUCGCGAGGCUAUACGACCACGGGAAGAAUUCACACACGACGCACGUGGUGGGCACGAUAGGCUACAUUGCCCCCGAGCUGACCCACACGGGAAAGGCCUCAACAAGCACGGACGUCUUCGCGUACGGGAUCCUCCUCCUCGAGAUCGCCUGCGGCCGGGCAGCGGUGGCCUACGAGGCCCACCGCAACGCGAUCUUGGUGGACUGGGUGGUGGAGUGCAUGCAGAUGGGGAACGUGUUCGACGCCGUGGACGCGAGGAUGGAGUAUGUGGUGGAGGAGAUGGAGAUGGUGCUGGGAUUAGGGCUCCUGUGCUCGCACCCGAGGAAGGAGAUGAGGCCGACGAUGAGGCAGGUGGUGAGGUAUUUGAAUGGGGAUGAGGUUAUGCCGUUGCUUGAGAGCUUGAGCUUGGAAGGUUCUAGAAGAGUUGAUGAGAUUACGGCGAGGCUGCUGCAGUUGGGAUUGGUGGAUAGGGUUUUGAGGUAUAGUUCGGAUUCCGUUAAUUUGGGGGUUUCUGUAGGGGUUAUGUCUACUACUUCUUUUGAUGGAGGGAGAUGAUAUUUAGUUUUAUUUUAUUUUAUUUUUUUUAUGAUAGAUUCUUUACGAUUCACACAACGUAACUAUAAUACUCAGUUAGGAGGAAUUGAUAGAGUGUAAUUAUAUAUAAUAGAAAAUUAAAUACUAGAAUGUUAUUCUUGUCAUAGUAUGUAUACUUCAAUUUGAGUUUUGAUGAUUAUCAUCACGCAAAUGAUUCAAGAUCAUGAGUACUAAUUAAAUUAAUGAUUGUACUUAAGUUUUCCAUAAAUGAA